AUGCCUUUCUUCCAGAGCCCGAAGACUGGGAGACCGAAACGCAAGUCUCGGGCCUACUUACCAGCGGCCUACCGUGACCUCGAUUUCCUCCCCAGCGGGACUCCUGAGCAGAGGGGCCCUGAAUUAACAAAGAGACCUACCUCCCCCGGUAACAAGACUCCAGUAAAUAUGGGGCGACGCACGCAAAAACCAGGUCCCUCAGCUGAGCAUUCAGACAUUGGAGCUAUGCUCCAGAGGCAGGCACCACCAAAGAUGGCCACCGCGGAGGCCCCAGUCACACCAUCACCACCCCACGCGGGGGCCCAUCCUCCCAAUCAGCCCAGACCAGACCCAAUUGCCAUCACUGGUGACACCAGAUGA